AUGACAAGAACCACGCGUGGGUACGCUCUGCUUGCCGUACUCGGUGUACUGCUGCUGGCAGCAGUUGUGCAUGCCGAUGACUCUGUAGUCAACACCUCCAACGGCCCGGUGCGCGGCAUCGUCGCCUCCACCUACCGCGUCUUCAAGGGCAUCCCCUACGCAGAGCCACCCGUGGGUCCGCUACGCUGGCGCGAUCCCCUCCCGCACCGCGGCUGGGCACCCAGCACUCUCAACGCCACUGAGUUCGGCCCGGGAUGUCCGCAGCGUUGCGUGCUGCCGCCCCACAUGUGCCCCCAGAGUGAGAGCGAGGACUGCCUCACGCUCAACAUCUGGACCCCGCGUGGUGCCUCCUCGUCACCCCGCUCCGUCAUGUUCUUCAUGCCCGGCGGCCGCUUCGAACAGGGCGACAGCACUUCGCCUCUGUACUCGGGCGAGUACUUCACGACCAACCUGGACGUGAUCCUCGUCACCACCAACUACCGCCUCGGCGUGCUCGGCCAUCUCGUGACGGACGAGUACGCGGGCAACUUUGCCAUCAAGGACCAGCGCAUGGCCCUCGUGUGGCUCAAGAAGAACAUCGCCGCCUUCGGUGGCAACCCCAACGACGUGACGAUCUUCGGCCAGAGCGCGGGCGCGUCGUCGACGGCCGUCCACCUGCUGUCGCCCUACAGCCGGGGCCUCUUCUCCAAGGCCAUCAUGGAGUCCAACCCAUUCGCCCUCCCCAUGAAGACCGUCCAGGAGGGACGCGAUCUGGGCCGUAAGUUCGUCGAAUACCUGCACUGCCCCUGGAACCACGAGACCACGGACGCGUGCCUGAGGAGCAAGAGCGUGAAUGAGGUGAUGGCCGGCCAGUACGGCGUGCAGGGCAGCAUCGACUACUUCCACCCGCUCCUCCUCUUCUUGCCCUGGACGCCCAUCGCAGUGCAUGAGCCCAUGAGUCUGAUCUCUACAACGUCGUCAGUCGAUGGCAAGGAGCUGACCGACCAGCCCUGGAAGCUGUUCACCGCUGGCAACUUCACCAAAGUUCCGAUCAUGAUGGGCACUGUGGCCGAGGAGGCGCUGUUCUUCAUCUACGAGGCGUCCAACGGCACCAAGGUGUCGGAGAGUCUCUACGUGCUCCUCGAGUCCUACCUGUUCCAGCUGGACGUGGUCGAGGUCCUGCGCAAGUACCCGGUGGGCGGCAUCUGGGACGACUCCGACUACCGCCCGCUCCUCUCCACGCAGGGCACCGACUACAUCUUCGUCUGCCCGACUCGCCUCUCGGCCCGCGGCGUUGCCAAGACCGGAGUUCCCACGUUCCUUUACCAAUUCAACCACGUCCCUUCGUUCGACGCGUGGGGCAAGUACACUUUCUGCGACGGUCACGUUUGUCACGGCAUUGAGCUGCCCUUCGUGUUCCACGCCGCCGCCCCGUUUUACAACUUCACCGCCGCCGAAGACGAUCUUUCCAAGCGGAUGAGCACGUACUGGACCAACUUCGCCAAGAGCGGAAACCCGAACCACCCGUUGCCGGUGCAGCCGGCGUGGCCCGCCUACACCGCGUCGGCCGACGCCAGCAUGGAGUUGGCCACCCCGCCCACCGUCCAGACCGGCCUGCGCGCCUCCUACUGCGACUUCUGGGAUCGCCUCGGCUACUCCCACGGCGUGUAA